AUGGAUACCCGUGAAGUAUAUCAACUCUUUAGCGCAACGUAUCAUUCUAAUCCCAGUUUGCAAAAGCAGGCCGAAGAACGGUUAAAACAGGUGGAAGGUACACCAGGCUUUAUUUCGAUACUUAUUCAGAUACUCGGUUCGGAAGAAACUGAGACUGGAACAAAACAAGCUGUUUCGAUAUAUCUCAAAAAUCGAAUAAGACAUUCUUGGAAUCUUGAAGACGCAUCAGCUUAUAAAUCUUCUCCAAUUGAUCAACAAGAUCGCGAUGCAUUUAAAGCAAAUAUAUUACAUAUUAUGGUAACAACAGUCCCUAACAAUGUGAGAGUUCAACUUUUGGAUUCUUUGAAUCGAGUUCUGGUAAAUGAUUUUCCAGACAAAUGGCUUGAUUAUAUGACUCAAAUACACGCUCUUUUGGGCACAAAUGAUGCUAAAAUGGUAUAUGUUGGAUUAUUAGCUUUACAACAAGUAGUUAAAAUAUAUCAAUGGAAGGGAAUCGACAAUAGAGCUCCUCUAAAUGAAAUAAUCGAAUCCACUUUUCCAAUCACGUUACAAAUGGCGCAAUCAUUACGCAAUGAAAAUAGUAUAGAUGCUGCUGAAAUGCUGCGAAUAAUUUUAAAGACUUACAGUUCAGCGACACAGUAUGAGCUUGCAGAUCCUCUUCAAAGCAAUUCUUCUCUAGUUCCAUGGAUUACUCUAAUGUUACAUAUAGUUGAGAAGCCUAUUCCUCCGGAAAUAAUACCUGAAGAUCUCGAAGAAAGACAAAAAUUUAUGUGGUACCGAGUAAAAAGAUGGUCUUGUCAGAAUUUGAAUAGGAUUUUUUCAAGAUAUGGAAAUCCAGCUCAACUUGGACAAUCCUCAAAAAAAUAUGUGGCAUUUGCAGAAAAUUUUAGUCGACAGUUUGGAUCUCAAAUAUUACGAGUUUACCUUCAACAAACUGAACUUUGGAUUAAAAAAGAAGUUUGGUUAAGUCAAAAAAUAUUACUAUUUUUUGCCGAUUUUUACAGGGACGCCCUAACACAUAAACUUACUUGGCAAAUAAUGAAGCCAUAUGCUGAAACUCUUGUAUCACAUUUCAUAUUUCCUCAAUUGUGCUUUUCUAAGGAAGACGAGGAAUUAUGGGUUGAAGAUCCUGUUGAUUAUGUUCAUAAAAAAUUAGAUCCGCUGGAGGAUUUUACUACUCCAGUAACUGCAACCAUAACUUUUCUUAUGGAUUUAGCAAAAUACAGACACAAAUUUAUAUUUAAGAAGAUUUUGACUUUUAUUCAUAAUGUGCUCAAUACUUAUCGAGAUGCUCAACCUGAAUCCAAAGAUCCAAGUCAGAAAGACGGUGCUUUAAAAAUGAUUGGCUGUAUUUCAGAUCUGAUUUUACGCAAAAAAUCUGGAAUAUCUCAACACAUGGAACCCUUCUUCACCACUUAUGUGUUUCCCGAAUUUCAGAGCCAAUAUCCUUAUUUAAGAGCGAGAGCAUGUGACAUGCUGGUAAAAUUCAGUGAACUGAAUUUCGAGAAUGAGGCAAACCUUGCGACUGCUUUUCAAGGCGUUACAGCUUGCAUGCGAGAUACAGAGCUUCCUGUUAAGGUUCAAGCUUGUUUAUCUCUUCAGUGUAUGAUACGACACGAGACAGAGCUCCUCGAUCUUACAAAUCAGAUCGAUGCUGAUACUCUUUCAAGCGUUAUGGAAGAAUUCGUUGAAGUAUUCUCGGAAGAAUUAACACCAUUUGCUAUUCAACUUACCGAACAGCUGAGAAAUACUUUCCUGCGUAUUAUGCACGAUUAUCAGGAGUCAGAAGCUAUUCUUGAUGAUGGAAAACUUUUAGAUUCUGAACUAGAUAUUAGUGAUAAGGCAAUGGCUGCUUCCGGUGUUCUCAAGACCAUUACCACUGUACUUUUGAGUUUGGAGAGUACGCCAGAUCUUCUGGCUCAAUUGGAAAAUGCGUUAUUACCUGUUAUAACAUAUACGCUCGAGAAUACAAUUACAGAUUUGUAUGAUGAUAUUUUUGAUAUUAUCGACACCUGUACUUACUCAAUAAAACAGAUUUCUCCAACAAUGUGGAGAGUUUUUGAAUUAAUGUAUAAAACUUUCAAGGAUACAGGCAUAGAUUACAUUGAAGAAAUGUUUCCAUCCUUGGAUAAUUAUAUAUCGUAUGGAACACUAACGUUUAUUCAGAGUCCUACAUUGCAAAGGAUGGUUUGUGAUAUUAUUGAAACAGUCAUGACAAGUGAUAGGCUAACCGAGAGCGAGCGUACUUGUGGCUGUAAACUUAUUGAAUCUGUUUUAUUAAAUUGUCGCGGAGUUAUAGAUCAGUAUGUAGGGUCAUUUAUUGAAUUGAUCUUUGUAUACCUAUCCAAUAUAAAUAACAUAUCUUCGUCAAGUUUCAAAUUUUAUUGUAUUGAAACUGUGGUAAACUGUAUAUAUUAUAAUCCACUUUUGACUCUUCAUAUCCUUGAAGAACGUAAUUUAACUCAAGCGUUCUUCAGUAUAUGGUUUGAAAAUAUCAACAAAUUUUCACGUGUUCAUGAUAAGAAAUUAGUAAUUGUAACUUUAUGUUCUUUAAUGGAAACACCUAUUGAACGAUUACCACCUAUUUUACAAACUGGAUGGCCUCAAGUUUUAGAAGUAAUUUUGACAACUUUUAGCACUCUACCAAAAGCCGAAGAAAGAGAAUCUGAACAACAUAAAGAUAAUAAUAAUAAUGAUGCAGAUGAUGAUGAUGAUGUUUUAGAUGAAGAUACAGAAUAUUUGGAAUUUUUGACACGAGAGGCUGCAAGACAUGCACAUAAAAUUGACGUAUAUAUUAGGUUUCAUGAAGUAUUUGUUGGUAAGUGUCCAACAGCAUUAUCCAACUUCGUAUAA